AAAACGGAAAAAGUACUCUGUGCAUUCGAUGAAAGGUUCCGGUGUGUGCAGCACCAGGACAACUAGGUUCCGAUCCUAGCUAAGCAGUUGCUUCUUGUGUUGCCGUUGUUGGCUAUGGAUUCAAAGAUUUCGCCCCUGGAACAUUUAAUGCGUUGACAAUAGGCGAAUAAACCUGGUUAGAGGAGCAGCAGCCAGACUGGUUACAGAACUGGAGUCAGGUCUGCUGGCUGGUGAAUGCAACGAGCCCAGAAGGUUCGCGUUGGUAAUCGGACAGCCUGCAUCUGGAAAAGCACAGAGGUGGUGGAGAUGGAAGAUGUUCCUUCUCAGUUCUUUGUGGAGAAACACUCUUGGGAGGGCCUUCGUGAUAUCAUCCACUGUAGCAGGAAGUACUCUGUUAUCAUUGCCAACAAGGCCCCCCAUGACUUCCAGUUUGUGCAAAAGGCAGAUGGAAAUGGACCCCACUCCCACCGGCUGUACUACCUUGGAAUGCCGUAUGGAAGCAGAGAGAACUCAUUACUCUACUCAGAAAUCCCCAGAAAGGUUCAGAAAGAGGCUCUUUUAGUGUUGCCAUGGAAACAGAUGUUGGAUCACUUCCAGGCCACGCCUCACCAAGGGGCCUACUCACGAGAAGAGGAGCUACUCAGGGAGCGGAAACGUUUGGGUGCAUUUGGAAUCACCUCCUAUGACUACCAUGCUAAGACUGGUCUGUUCCUGUUCCAAGCUAGUAAUAGCCUCUUCUACUGUCAGGAUGGAGGCAGCAAUGGCUUCAUCCAGUCUGCUCCUGUAAAGCCUGUGGAGAUCAAGAGCCAGUGCUCAGGAACCCGCAUGGACCCCAAGAUCUGUUGUGGACACCCUGAUUUCAUAGCCUUCGUCAACAACAACGACCUGUGGAUUGCUAACAUCAGGACAGGAGAGGAGCGGAGACUCACCUACUGUCAUAAAGGCUUAGACAAUGUAAAGGAUGAUCCCAGGUCUGCAGGCGUGGCAACAUUCGUAAUCCAAGAGGAGUUUGACCGUUUUACUGGAUACUGGUGGAAUCCCUCCGUAGCAGAAGACGCAGAUGGCAUUAAGACGUUGUUACUUCUGUAUGAAGAGGUGGACGAGACAGAAGUAGAAAUUAUUCAUGUUCCCUCUCCUGCUCUAGAGGAAAGAAAAGCAGAUGCAUACAGAUAUCCUCGCACAGGCAGCAAAAACCCCCGAGCCACCCUGAAGCUACUGGAGAUCAAGACAGACCGAAGAGGAAGAAUUGUAAGUACACAAGACAAUCAGCUGGUGGUCCCGUUCAGCUCUUUAUUUCCUGGAACAGAAUACAUCGCCAGAGUGGGCUGGACGAGUGACGGGAAGUUUGGAUGGGCUGUGCUGUUGGAUCGCAGUCAGAGGAAACUUCAGUUGGUUCUGCUGCCUUCAGCCCUCUUCGUCCCUGUCACAGCAGACCCGGUCCUGAGACAGGACAGCGUGGGGGCUGUGCCCAGUAGCACGCAUCCAUACAUCAUCUACGAGGAGAACACUGAUGUCUGGAUAAACGUUCAUGAUAUAUUCUACCCUUUUAUUCAAAACACAGAAGAUGAAUUUACUUUCAUCUGGGUGAAUGAGUCCAAAACAGGUUUCCGCCACUUGUAUAAAAUUACAUCAGUGUUACAACAGGGCUGUUACCAGUGGGCUGAAGGCUACCAUCACAUGGAAGGAAACUUUAGAUGUUUAGUCAAAGAAGAGUUAACUCUGACUGGUGGGGAAUGGGAGGUGCUGGCGAGACAUGGGUCCAAGAUCUGGGUCAAUGAAGAAACAAAGCUGGUCUAUUUCCAAGGUACCAGAGACACACCUUUGGAGCACCACCUGUAUGUGGUCAGCUAUGAAUCUCCUGGAGACGUGGUCAGACUAACCAAACCUGGAUUCUCUCACAGCUGCUCUGUUAGUCAGAACUUUGACGUCUUUGUGAGCCACUACAGUAACGUGAGCACACCUCCAUGUGUUCACCUUUACAAACUCACCUGUUCAGAAGAAGAUCCACUACACAUAGUUCCAGAGUUCUGGGCCAGCCUGAUGGAGUCACCAGGGUGCCCCGGAGAUUAUAAUCCCCCACACAUCUUUGAUUUUGCUGGGAAGUCUGGCUACCAGCUGUACGGGAUGGUGUACCGGCCCCACAACCUGCAGCCCGGCAGGAAACACCCCACUGUUCUGUUUGUCUAUGGAGGCCCUCAGGUGCAGCUGGUGAACAACUCCUUUAAGGGGAUGAAGUACCUCCGUCUCAACACUCUGGCGUCUCUGGGCUACGCGGUUGUCAUCAUUGAUGGGCGGGGCUCCUGCCAGCGGGGCCUGGAGUUUGAGGGAGCCCUGAAAAACAAAAUGGGUCAGGUGGAGAUUGAAGACCAGGUGGAGGGACUGCAGUAUGUGGCGGAGAAGUUUAACUUUGUGGACCUGAGUCGUGUUGCCAUCCAUGGCUGGUCGUACGGAGGCUUCCUCUCUCUCAUGGGCCUCAUCCAGCGGCCUAACAUCUUCAAGCUCGCCAUAGCGGGAGCCCCGGUGACCGUGUGGAUGGCCUACGACACGGGCUACACGGAGCGCUACAUGGAUGUGCCUGAGAAGAACCAGCAGGGCUACGAGGAAGGAUCUGUGGCUCUGCAUGUGGACAAGCUUCCCAGCGAGCCCAACCGUCUGCUGAUUCUUCACGGGUUUCUAGAUGAGAAUGUGCACUUUUUCCACACCAACUUCCUGGUGUCCCAGAUAAUCCGUGCUGGGAAGCCUUAUCAGCUUCAGGUCUAUCCCAACGAGCGGCACAGUAUCCGCUGCCCUGAGUCUGGAGAGCACUACGAGAUAAUGCUGCUGCACUUUCUACAACAAUACCUCUAAACUGAGACUGUAGAGGACGUGAAGUCUAGCUUCCCCCAUCCUUCAGUUCCCUGUCUGUGUCCCACAAAGUCCACCAGAUAUCCACCAGAUAUCCACCAGAUAUCCACCAGAUAUCCACCAGAUAUCCACGAGCCACGAGCCGCGCUCUCCCGUCAGCAGCUCCACUUUCCGCCCUGUUACACACACACACACACACACACACACACACACACAUACACACACGAACACCGAUGACCCCCCCCCCCCACACACACACACACGAAUGACGUUUACAUCCCCCCCCCCACACACACACACGAAUGACGUUUACAUCCCCCCCACACACACACACACACACGAACGCCAUUGACAUCCCCCCCCCACACACACACACACGAACGCCAAUGCCCCCCCCCACACACACACACACACACGAACGCCAAUGCCCCCCCCCCACACACACACACACGAACGCCAAUGCCCCCCCCACACACACACACACACACGAACGGCGUUGACCCCCCCCCACACACACACACACACACGAAUGCCAUUGACCCCCCCCCACACACACACACACACACACACGAACGCCUUUGACCCCCCCCCCCCCCACACACACACACACACACACACACACACACACACACACGAACGCCUUUGACCCCCCCCCCCCAUGAUGGUGGAGUUUCCACACCGUGGAAGUCCACCUGCAGUUAGCAGAAGGAGCGAGGGCGAGGAUCCGGGCUGGUUGCGUGUUUUAAGGGUUCGUUGUUUAGGAUGAAAUAUUUUUAUGAAUUUUUAUUGUUUUUUUAAACGGGGCUGGCAAAGUCUCCUCAUCGAUACGCUCGUGCAGCUCUCCCUCACUCAGCUACGUGUGCUUGCCUUUCAGUCCAUAACUUAGAUUUGCCAAACGGCGUCUUGAUCAGCUGGUGUUUCCUGUUCUUACUGCAGCAACGACAACGGGGGGGCACUGGGGUCUUUAACAGCUUUGUACCACCCAAACACGGUUUAUACAUGACAAUAAUAAACGUAUCAAUCAGC